AACCCUAGCUCAUGUAAAAAGCCAUUUGCAGAUGUAUAGAACGGUGAAAAGCACUGACAAAUCUACUGACUUUGCCUUGAAGAAGCAGAGGCAAGAUCAGGUUGAUGCUGUUGGUGUUUCAGAUUGUGAGAUUUCUAACCCAACUCUUACAAUGUGGAAAAGCCCUGAUCAAAUGGACAUGUUCUCUUCAUCAAUGGAGACAAAUCAUGAGAUGACGACCAGAAGGAGUCAACAUUACAACAAUGGUAGCACUGGAAACAACAACCAGGAGCAGGAGGAGGACCGACACAAGGCAAGCAUCAAAAUCUCGAGUGGCGUGAAGAAGCAGAAAUUGGAGGGUAGCUGCUUGUCGUUGAGUGACCAUGGCCAUGUGUAUACUCAUAAUAAUAAUACUCUUAACUUAGAAUUCACUCUCGGAUAUGCCCAAAUUCUCUAACACUGAAUUCUAAUUCUCACUCUUUUUCAUCAUAAUUAUUAACCUAAUUAUAUGUAUGUUAAGUUUUCUGUU